UCAGUAACAUCAAUGGAUCUGGCUUUGAUAACAGAACACAAGUUUGUGCGAUGUGUGGAGUGCUAGAGUUGAGUUUGUAUCAUGCGACUUUUUGUGUGUCUACUGUUGUCAUUUGCAGAGAUAUGGGAUACGGAAGGUCAAGCGAAUAUGUAUCUCAGCCGUCCAGUCCGAAUAGAAGAUUUCCCAUAUAUGGCGAGCGUGUUUGUUAAUGACCAGUUUGUGGGUGCGGCGGUCAUAAUUAGCAGAGAGUUCGCUCUCGGCAACAUGCACUACUUUUUUGGGGCGUACUCAUACGACGUACACCUGAGGGUCGGCCACGCCAAUAGAGAUGAAGGGGAGAAGGUGGAGGUGAAAGACUUCUUCCAACACGAGGAGUUCCAGUUCUCUGCAGAUUACGACAUUUGCCUCAUACAGUUCCUGGAGAAGGUCAAGUUCGGGCCCAAAGUGGGGGCUAUUAACCUGUCGCUGCUGCCUCCUCCUGCCGGGCUUCGGGGGGAGGUGCUCAGCUGGGGACCUGUCAUUGCGAAGGGAACUACAGAACUUCAUGCUGUCAUGAUGUCCACUAUGACGUCUGCCCAGUGCCAAGCUACAGCAACCGAGGCAGUCACUGACAGACUCACGUGUAUUGCCAAUCCCACUGUCCAUCUUUGUGAGGAAGACCUUGGAGCACCUUUCGUGGUAGAUGGAAAGUUGAUGGGACAGUAUGUAGGAGGCUUCCCCACAUGCCAACCCCAGAACGUCCUGUUCUCCAAGAUAUCUCAGUACAAAGACUACCUGGUCUUGCUGGUUGAUAUGGCAAGGCACCCCAAGAGCUACGAACCCAUCAGCCACAUGAGUGAAGAACAGAUAGAAACUUGAUGACGCUCCCAUGUUAUACGAUUCAUUGCAUCAUCUACGUCUUCUAGAAUUGAUGAAGCUACGCCAAAUACGCCAAUAUUGUAACGAAAUACAGUAUAAUCAUUUAAUUGUCAGACAACACUGCAUCAGCUCAAUUAAUAUUUUAGAAAACAAUAAAUAAAAUGUAAAGUUUCAGCAUUUGAUUCAAUGGAUUGGCUGAAAUACACCCAGUUGUCAAUACACCAAGGCAAAAGUGCCAACAUCUGGAAAUUGUUUGUUAAUCUGGUAAUGGAUAGUACAAUGGAGAUUCCGACAGUCGGCUGUGUCAAUAUUUACCUGUUGCUCUGUAGGAACGGAGCCGUAGUAAUCAAUCAGAGUAUGUCCUAUUGAAAUUAGUCAUAUCUUGUUACAGAAGAGAAAUAAAUAUUUGUUUCCAUGUUACAAAGCGAA